GGAAGUCAAAUCACUUCCUCCUUUAUAACCGUGGCUGUACACAAACCAGUCGGUUCAAACAAAGCGGCACAAACUCUGGGCAAUGGAGGGUCUGAAAUGUGGCCGAGGUUUUUACGAUUGAUUGACUGAUCUGUGACCUUCAAGAACUGAUGUCACUGGGUUCAGUCGGGGCUCUAGAAAUCGCUACAUUCAUCGUCAGGGUGUAAAGGAGAGAAACGGUUGGAGCGCAGCACUGAGUCGAUAUGGCUGCGACGUAGCGCAACUUUUGGAUCAGCGGUGGAUGAACGACGCAGAGCGCACGGUUCGACCCUAACUCGUACUGAUCCGAGAACCAGAGGAGAACCCAGACAUGAAGAAGCAGAUUAAUCGCAUGAGACAGCUGGCCAACCAGACUGUUGGCAGGGCUGAAAAAACCGAGGUGCUGAGUGAGGACCUCCUCCAGAUCGAGAAAAGGAUGGAGGCGGUCCGCCUGGUCUCGCACAACACGCACAAAAAACUGGUGUCCUGUCUGCAGGGUCAGCUGGGCACCGAUACUGAGAAGAGACAAAAAAAGCUGCCUCUGACUGCACUGUCCCAGGCCAUGCAAGAGGGAGGCAGUCAGCUGGGAGACGAGAGUCUGAUUGGUAAGAUGAUGGAUAUGUGCUGUGAAGCAGAGAGUAAGUUAGCUACGGAGCUGAUGUAUCAUGAAGUGCAGCUGGAAAGAGACAUCCUGGAACCUCUCAACCAAUUAGCAGAGGUCGAGAUCCCAAAUAUACUAAAACAGAGGAAGCAACUGGCCAAGCUUGUUCUGGACUAUGACUCGGCCAAGGCCAGGUGGCACCAGGCAGCGAGGUCCUACAACCAGGCUGUGGUUUUAAAGGCCGACUCCCUCAAGGACGAGAUGGAUGAAGCUCUGAACAAAGUAGAAAUAUGCAAGGAUCAGCUCUCUGCAGACAUGUACAACUUUGCUUCCAAAGAGGGAGAAUAUGCACGUUAUUAUGUCACGUUAUUAGAGACUCAGGCUGAAUACCACAGGAGGUCCCUGGCAGCUCUGGAGGCAGCUAUACCAGGAAUCCAAAUGCAACAAGACUCCUGGAUGGAGAAGCCAGCCUUCGGUACAGCCCUGGAGGAGCACCUGAAGAGGAGCGGUCGUGACAUCGCUCUGCCUAUCGAGGCCUGCAUCAUGAUGCUGCUGGAAACCGGCAUGAAGGAGGAGGGCCUCUUCAGAAUAGCUGCAGGAGCUUCAAAGCUGAAGAAGCUGAAAGCUGCACUCGACUGUUCCACCUCUCAGCUUGAAGAGUUCUACUCUGACCACCAUGCCGUCGCAGGCGCUCUGAAGUCCUACCUCAGGGAACUUCCUGAACCUCUAAUGACUUUUAGUCUGUAUGAUGAGUGGAUACAGGCUUCUAGUAUCUCUGACCCUGACAAGAGGCUCCAGGCCCUGUGGCUGACAUGUGACCAUAUGCCAAAAGCUUACAAAGCCAACUUCAGGUAUCUGGUGAAGUUUCUUGCAAAACUUGCUCAAAACAGUGAAGUCAAUAAAAUGACUCCCAGCAACAUCGCUAUCGUCCUGGGACCAAACCUACUUUGGCAAAAGACAGAAGGGACACUUGCAGAGAUGGCAGCUGCCACAUCCGUCCAUGUUGUUGCCAUCAUUGAACCUAUAAUCCAGCACGCUGAUUGGUUCUUCCCUGGAGACGUAGAGUUCAAUGUAUCAGACAUGUUUGCCAUGCCCACCCACCCGGCCACGCCAGACCCUGAAUCCGGCCCGGAUAGAAAGCGCCCCAUCAGCCAAGUGGGGCAGGAAGGGGACGGUUCAACUCCCCGUAAAGACAGCUCUGUUAACAAACAGCCGGAGCCCAGCCCACGUAGACCCAUCGCUUUUAAUAGAAAUCAGCCUCAGCUAACCUCACCCACCUUCCAGCCUACGUCGCUCCCUCUGGGGGAAGCUGGGGGUCCAGCGCUGCCUGAGCCCCAGCCCCAGGCUCCAACCCCGACAGUAGAGGGUGAUCAGCCCUGCCUGAGUGGAGCUAGUGUAACUGGUGGUGGUGUUACUGUUGCUGGUGGUGGUGCUGGGGUCCAUGUAGCUACAGUGCAUCCACAGGUUGUUACCCAGCACAGCACAGAGGAGACCAGCUCAGUCCAUGAACACUCGUCCACCCCACCUCCACAGAGGAAUGGUUCAGUUCACCUCACUGUGGGAACCCCCCAAUCACAGGGUGGGUCCAGGGGACCCAGUCCACACAUGGUUCGCAGAGGAACCAAGAAGCAGGCACCAGCUCCACCAAAACAGGCCAGCCCCUUCGCCUCGCAGACCAGUAACACACAGACAAGCAGCUCCCAUCAUCACCCACCCGUCCUGCCCCGCCGUCAUUCCAGCAAAGACAACAGCCCAAUUCAUGCCCCGAGCCACCCUCCCCCACAGCCUCCACAGCCUCAUUCAGCUCAGGGGGAGUCAGAACCAUCCCCUCCCAGCAGCCCCACUCCUCCAGAUACUCCACCUCAUGAUUCGCCCCACACCAAUCCACUGCUUUCCUACCAUUCUGGGUCACUCCCUCGUCCUUCUAGACCAGCUCCAAAACCACGACCUCGACCCAGCAUGCCACCACCCCCACACCCUGCAGCUAAUGACAACGCAAAUGGUCUCCUUAACUCCUCCUCAAAGAUCAUAACAGAUGGAGGUCUGUCCAUUAGGCCAAUUGGACGAGCCUUUAUUCCUGAGGUGACUGUGGAAGAUGAUGAGGAGAGGUCUGCAGAUCAAGAGCCCGCCGCCAGUGAGACCCCACCCCUGAACCCUUACAGUGAUACAGAGACCACGCUUCUCUAAGAGAAGAGGGACCGCUGCCAUGACCGUCCACUGAAUUUGAUUGUCAAGAAGCAGAUUUAAGACAAUCCAUCACUAGGCUCACAGGAUGUCGUCAAGGUUUUCAGCUGUUGUAGUUUGACAUUCCUGUUCUGUACUCUGGAUAUUGUGACAUUGGACUAAAAAUCCUUUCCAAAACGAGGCCCAUUAAGAGCUAAAAACACAGCAUCACCUUAACGUAGUAUUUUAACUGAAUGUGGGGAUAACUUUAAACUGAUGCAUUCACAAAGAUGUGGUGUUGGCUGAUGUGUGGAUCUUGCUUUGCACAGCAGUCAUAUACUUUUGAUAUCAGAAUAUUAAAGACCAAAGACAAGGCCAGGCCCAGGUUAGCUGCUGGGUUUGAGUCAGAGUUGUUGAUGACCAAAUGUUUUGAAAAGUGCAAUAUUAAAAUGCAGUCCAUCUUUCAGUAAUGUGGUAUGGUUAUUUUUAGCCUUAACUUCCCACCUAGUCUAUUAUAUUUGUUAAAUCUUGUCAUUUUGUGGGGAACAAUUUUACUUUUUAAAUAAUAUUACAUUAUUGUUUAAGCUGACUUGAUUUUCCCAGUUUGAGAAAGGGUUCAACUCUGAGUUUAAUUGUUAUAAUUUUUUGUUUUCUUUUAUUAUAUUGUAUGCCAAUAGAUAUCUCAAGUGAUCGGCGAGGUUGAGCAAUGACCAAAUACUGCAAAUAAAUUUAAUUCCCACUGUAUGUAAUUUUUUAAGUACUGCUGUCAAUACUUAUCUGGUUGUGGUAUUUUUGAGCUCCUUUGUUUCUCAGUAUUUUUGUUGCUCCAUCAUCAUAAAUAUCAUCAUAAUAAAGGCCUUUGCAGCA